UCAUACUCUGCCAUUUUCCGCUUUCUUUCUCCAAUGGAUACCCGCUUCAAGCUCCGUCUCCCUCGCAUGUUCCAAUCCUCUUUCGCCUCUUGCCGUUCCCGUAAUCUCUCCGAUAUCAUCCACAAAGCUGUCUUUAUUCCGUCCCCGCACGACGUUAGUUUCCGUAAGAUCCAACCGGAAUAUUCCUCUGAAACCGCUGAAAGCCCUGCUUUCUCACGUGAUUUCCUUCUCCCCCGGCGGAAAAUUUCCCACCGUUUCCCUCUAGCCCCUUUCCCCUCUGCAAUUUCCGGUGGCUGGACCUGCCCUCCAGCUUCCCCCAUUUCGCCCUCCAAACCCUUCUCUGAGAAAACGACGACGACGAAGAAGAAGAAGAAGAAGAAGAAACAGAGGAAACAGAGUAAGAGGGAGAGUCCGUUCUGCCCGUUUAGUUCAUCUUCGGUGGAGUCGAACUUCGGCGGUACGUGGUGGUACAGUAGCGAGGACGAUGACGACGACGAAACGGACACUCUUUUCUCCUCGAAAUCGCGUUCUUCUGAUUCGUCGGCGUCUCACCGACGGAACAAGUCACGCCGGAGAAAAGGAGGUCGGAGCCGGUGCUCUGAAAUGGGUGUGUUGCCGUUGAAGGGAAAAGUGAAAGAUAGCUUCGCAGUGGUGAAGAAAUCAAGCGAUCCAUAUAAUGAUUUUAGAACCUCAAUGUUAGAAAUGAUUGUCGAGAAACAGAUAUUCUCUGCUAACGAUCUCGAACAGCUCUUGCAGUGUUUCCUCUCUUUGAAUUCCCCCCAUCACCAUAAUGUGAUUCUUGAGGUGUUCACAGAGAUUUGGGAGGCUUUGUUUUCCGACUGGGGAUCUUGAUGAACAUCAAAACUCUGAUCUCUUUGUUUGUCAGCAAAAAGAAAAUGAAUUAAGCCUAACUUGCAUUGAUUAUUAACCAAAUAAUCAAAGUUUUAUCCCUUAUUGUGUGUGUAAUAUCUACUUCUGAUUCUAAUGAUAUUAAUCUUUCAGA